AUGGAUCCUGCGGUGGACCCCGUGGACCCUAAUCCGGCUGCCGCCGUUGCGAUGGACGUACUGUCGUGUGCUGCGUAUGUUAUGUACGUGCUCGCUCUGCAAACAAGUAGUUUGUCUACUUUUAGCGUGGACAUCAGGUCUGCCAGGAGGAAGGCGGAUCUCCUCGAAGAGGAGCUUCUUGCGAACAGCGUUUUGCUUGCUGCCGCUGCUGCUGCGUCAAAGACUGACGCCGUGCCGCGCAGCGUCCAGGCGUUCUUCGGCCUGGGACGCUCCACGGUGAACGAGCUGUACAAGGAGUUCUGCACAGUCGUCGUCUCCGCUCUCGAGCCCGAGUGGGUGAAGAUGGUCGGCGCCGCCGAGCUUUCUGAGCGCGUCCGGGAGUUCGAAGCUACCUUGGACUUUCCGCAGGCCAUAGGGGCACUUGACGGCUGCCAUUUCCCUGUGUCGCCACCACAAGCGGACGCCACCGACUACCGAAACUACAAGGGCUGGUCGGCACUGGCAGGCAUUCUGGAAGGGCCAACCUUCCAGAAGCCCAUGAUCACCAUCAAUGGGACCGCCGUGCCACCAGUGAUCCUCUGCGACCAGGUAUUCCCGCUUACGCCUAACCUGUUGAAGCCGUAUCCGCGGAAGGACGUCACGGACAACUCCACGCAGGCGGGGUUCAACAAGCGGCUGUCAGCUGCACGCAAGAUUGUUGAAAAUGCCAUCGGCCGAGUGAAGGCACGGUUUCGCCUGAUCCUGAAACGCAUGGAGUGUGACGUUAACAACGCCCGCCUGAUCGUACGAGCCUUCUGCGUCCUCAACAAUAUAUGUGAGCACUUCAACGAUGGCGUUGAGGCCCAGUGGCUCAGGGAUGCCGAGCGUGUGGACAGCGUCCACAUCCAACCGGUCUGCGCCACGGACAUCGAAGCAGACAGCGGACAGAGGAUCAGGAACGCCAUUGCUGUCUACCUGCACCAGCGCUCCAGGCUGCAGCACUGA